CUCGAGCCGGACACACAAAAGGAGACAGAGACACGAAGCAGGUCAUCGCCAAAGGACAUUGUAACGCUCGGCUCGGGAAGAACAAAACCUGGGGUUCCAUUCCGGAUAAACCUACCCUAUGAGAGUACGUAAUCGUACGCAUACCAGAGGACCACCAUCAAAGGAUAUAUUUGGAGAGGAGACCGCUGGAGCUCUAUCCCUAUUGUGAAGGAACGUUUGGCACUCAGACCCUUGAAGGCAGCUGCCACAGAAGACAACCCCAGACGGCCAAAACCAGAGGAAGAGAAAUUCUGUCGGUUAUCCGUGAUAGAAGAUGGCCGACCACAUGGAAAAGACGUCAUCUGUCAACAAAGAAAGACCUGAAGCUGACCUUCCACCUCCACCCCCUCCAGACUCGACUGAAGCUUCCAUAAUAGUUUCCGGGAACCAAGACCACCCCGUACCUCCUCCUAAAGAAUCUUUCUCCAAGUUUUACGAGCAGCGCCAAGUUAACGAGUUGAAAAGACUUUAUCGUCACAUGCAUCCCGAGUUAAGGAAAAACUUAGAGAACACCGUGACCCGUGACCUUUCUGAGUUGUUGAGCACAGAUGAAGAAAACCAACAGGCGUUGGUGAAUCUUGAUGCCGGACUGCCGGUUGAGGUGCAAUCAAUGCGUUGGAUCUUCGAGAACUGGAAGCUAGACUCCAUCGGGGAUCAUCAAGGCAGCAAGAGACUAACAGACGAGGAGGCCAUACUUGGUGGAAAUGUAAAGGACACGUCAUUGAAGUUUCAAGGGGAAAGCUACCCCGAUGGCAGGACGUCUGGUUGCGAAAAGACAGGAGGAGACCAAACCAAAGGGGACGUAAAGACAGCCUUGUGGUUAUUUGAAACACAGCCUCUUGACUCGUUAAAUAAGAUCUAUCCGGAUGAGACCGACGUACAAGAAGCUGUUUUGAAAGACUCUUUUGUAAAGGGCGAUGUGAAGGGAACGAAAUUUCUCUUCGAAACCCAUUCGUUAGAUGAAGUAGGCCGUUGCAAAUCAGUAGAAGAAAACAGUAUCCUUCAACUGAAAUCAGAAAUAGAAGAGUUGAAAGGGGACGUGAAGAAGACGGUGAAGUUGUUCCAAACAGAACCUUUGUGUGCAAUUAGAGACCAGAUGGGGAAUGUCCACGAAAUUAAAUCUAUCUGCAGGGAAGAAACUCAAGGUAACAGUGUAAAUACGGCCAGAUGGCUCUUUGAGACCCAACCUUUGGACACCAUCAAUAAGGAUACAGCCGGCGUCCGCAUUAUUCGAGGCAUUUCUCUGGAAGAAAUAGAGAAAGGAGGUGUUAACGCAACCAAAUGGGUAUUUGAAACUCAACCACUGGACACCAUUAAAGAACAUAUUGAAGAAGGAGUCUUUCAGGCUUCAGUAGAUGACGGUGAAGAAACCAACAAGGCCUUUCAGAUAAAACCUCUUGAUACGAUGAAAGCUCAUUCUACUGGUAAAACCGUGUGCACAGAAGAUAUACAGGCAGGCGAUGUGAAGUCCACUUUGUGGCUAUUUGAGACCCAACCAAUGGAAACACUUAAGGGAAAUUUUGAAGUUGGAGAGUUAAAAAGGGUCGACCUGAUGAACGAGGAGAAAGGAGACGUUAAACAGCGAAAGCAGAUGUUUGAAACGUGUUCAUUGGACAAGAUUUCCAGCUUGAACGUUGAAUGCACGAAAAAUCAAGGUGAAGAAGAAAUCAUAAAGGGAGAUGUGAAGGUAUUUAAGAAUCUCUUUGAAACCAUUCCCUUGGAUAGCAUUAAAAAGACCAGCGGUGUCCAAGUUUCCAAUGAAGAAGACAUCAAAGCAGGGAAUGUGAAGGCAAACCAAGCUCUAUUUGAAACAACACCCCUAUAUGCUAUUGAGGAUAGUCUGGGCAAUUACCAUGAAGUCACAUCGGUCAGCAGAGAAGAAGUUAUGAGCGGGGAUGUUAAAAACUACAAAUGGAUGUUUGAAACAAAGCAGUUAGAUCAAUUUCAAGAAAGCCCCCCAAAAGUCGAUAUCAUUAAAGGCAUCACAAAGCAGGAGAUUGUUUCUGGCGAUGUGAGGACGGCACGGUGGCUUUUCGAAACUCAACCAGUUGAUGUGAUUCAUCAAGACAAAACCGCAUCAGACAAACACCCAUCGGUACAGCCGGAAGUCGCGGAAAAGGGUGAUGUUAAGAAAUGUCGCUGGUUGUUCGAAACCCAACCCAUCGACAGAUUGUGUGACAAAUCGGGGGGAAAAAAGGAAAACGAAGCAGUGCUCCAGGGGGAUGUGAAAUCCUGCACAUGGAUGUUCGAAACUCAACCAUUAGAUUCUUUGAAGGAAACGGGCGACCAGUACAUAAAAGUCAGCUCAGCUUUCCACGAUGAUAACUUCAAGGGAGUAAAUGUGAAAACUACAAAACACUUGUUUGAGACAGAACCACUGGGCAACGUCUCUUCCAAGAGUGAAUUAAGGAAUAUCGUACGCUACUCAAGCAGAGUCGAGAUACAGUCAGGGGAGGUUUCCAGGGUCAAGGAAAUGUUUGAAUCGAAGCCCAAGGAGAUAACUAAAAAAGCGGACAUCCCCAAUGAAGAAAACAUCCAGACUGGAUCCGUCAAUAAGUUCACUUGGAUGUUUGAAAACCGUCCGUUGGACUCCAUGGAAUCCGAUAAAUGUGGCUUUAAAGAACUGCCACCUGAAAAAGAUAUCCAGGGUGGAGAUGUUGGUGGGAAAAAGUUCAUCUUUGAAACGUGCUCAUUAGACCAAAUCCAAAAGGAAUUCGAUGAAACGGAGAUCCAGAAAGUACAAGAAGCAGUGAGUAAAGGAGAUGUCCGGUCCUGCACUAUGUUGUUUGAAAGCAAGCCUCUUUACGCUAUUCAGGACAAUGGCGGGGAGUUCCAUGAAGUUACCUCUGUGAAGAAAGAGGAAAUUUUAAAAGGCGACGUUAGAGGGGCAAAAUGGUUGUUUGAAACCAAACCUCUUGAUAUGAUCCACAAAGAUGAAGAGGUCUUUGUGAUCAGGGCAGUGACGCAGGAAGAUAUCGAGAAGGGAUGUGUCAAGUCUGCUCGAUGGAGGUUUGAAACGGAACCUCUAGAUUCCAUCACGGAAUACAAGAAUCAGGCGAAAAGGACAGUGGACGAUGUUCAAAGUGGGGAUGUUCGACUCAACAAGCAGCUCUUUGAAUCACAGCAGGUGGGCCAGAAGAAGUAUGUUAGAUUGGUCAGUGUCAGCGAUGUCCAGAAGGGCAACGUGAGGACAUCUACCUGGCUCUUUGAAAACCAACCUAUUGAUUCUUUGAAGGGUGAGUCUGAUGAGCAUUACGGAAUCGUAACCGUACAAAGAGAAGAUAAUCAAAAGGGGGACGUGAAACGAUGUACUUGGUUAUUUGAAACACAACCAUUAGACAGUCUUAAGGACAACGAAGUUCCUUUGGCUCCCCAGACUCAAGAUGUGAUUCCCCCGGCGAAUGUGAAAAGCACAACGUGGUUGUUUGAAAGCACGCCGCUUGACAAAUUUCAAUUCAAGCCCUCAACUAGCGUGGAAGAAACAGAGAGAAACGUAAAGCAUACAUUAGAUGCAUUUCUUUCCAGCAAAAUAAUUCAGCAAAAAGGUAUCGUUAUUGAGUUUUUUGAUCACGGGAAUGUAAAAAUGGCAAAGUAUCAACUUAGAUCGCAAAGGGAAACAGAGAUAUUAAAGGAAGAAAGACUUGGAGGGAACCUGCAAAGGAUACUGUUACAGUUGCUUCAUAGAAGUGACUUAGAACCCCAUGGGUUGCUGGUGCAAGAGAGCAGUGAUGGCGGACUGCAAACAACCAAGCUGAACCUACUAAUUCCUGAUGGGUCUCCAGAACAAGAUGAAGGACGCGUCAAGGAUGAUGUUUCCAGAGCUCUUCAAGUCUUGGCAAAUGAAGAUCUUGCUAUAAAAAAUGGUAUCAUUAUGGAGGAAAGUGAGAAGGGCUCGGUGAAAAUCAUUGUCUACUCUUUUUCAUCACAUUGUAACGUUAAUGCUGCUGUGGAGGAAAUAACCAAAGGCGAUGUUAAGUCAACCAUUGGAAACCUUAUGGCCUGUGGUCAAGAGCAAAGAUCGAAAGCCUCUGUCUUACGAGAAGAAAAUGAAAAAGGAAAUGUCGGUCUGUACAAAAGCUGCAUCGAGAAGGGAGAUUUGGCCUAUUUAAAAAGCCUGCAGGAAGAAUCUGAAAUAGAAGCUCUUACACGUUCUCAGAGCGAGGCCACGGAUCGGGAUUUAAAUGCCCCAUUCGUGCAACCGGACGUAAUAAAGGCUUCUAAAUCGACUUGUCCCAAGGCAGAGCCAGAGGCAAGCAAUAGAGAAGGUGGAAGACAAGUCAGUGAUGCGCUGAAGGGUUCAACAGUGGCUGAAAGCAUUACUAAGAAGGAAAGCCCUUCUGGGAUUGAGAAGGAACGUUUAGUUGGUGGUCUCCAAAAAGAUUCGACAAGUAAUAGCGAUCUACAAGCUGCUCUUUUGGAUCUCAGACAAGCCACAGCGGAAGCACAAAGCAUUCAACAGCAUGUCCAGAGCAAAUCUCAGAAGAGUAUCCAAAAGGUUCAGAUGAGCAGCGAGCAAAUAACAGCAGGGACUACGACGAGUUCAGCUCAAUCAAACCAAAAAUGCGAGGAACGUGCCACCGCAAGGCACACGGCUAGCGCAACAGCCACGGCUCAAGAGUCACAGAAGUCCUUUGCAAGUCUUCAGAAGUCUACAGUGUCCACCAAAAAGGUCAGUGCUUCAGAAAAGGAAGAACAGGGACAGGAAUUAUUUGGAGCUGGCCAGGAAUCUAGAAUGGGCUCUAGCACAGAAAGUGUAAUUGUUGAUUCCCCCAAGCCAAUGAAAAACUUUUUAAAUCCUUUUAUUGAUUCUGACUAUAAGAUGCAACCAGAGGAAGAAGAUCGUGAGCACGAUGCUAUCAGGGGAGAUGUUAAGGCAGCUAUCAGGGCUUUACAGAAUGCUUCAACAGGACAGAAAGAAGUAGAAAAGGAGGAAGUGGUAAGAGGUAACUUAACAUCUACCCUGCAGUCUCUGGAAAAGUCCAAUAUAAAUGUGUCGCAAGGGGACUUUAAAGCAGCCAUGAUAUACAGGAACGCAGGGCAGUCAUAUUCAGCUUGUAGAAGGAAAACCGAUGCACAACAGAUUAGUUGUGAGACUAAGGCUGAGGCUCCAUUGAAUUCAGGGCAACGGUCUGACCAACCCUUUCCUCCUCCUCCUUCAGCUGCUGUUACUGGACAAGAAAGCCACCAGUUACCAAAGGAAUGUUACACAGAAGAAAUAAAAGAAGAGGGUUCAAAGAUGAACGAUUCUGUUCCAAAGACAUCCGAUUCUAAUAAGGCAAGUGAAAAGACAUUAGACGAGAAAGCUUUAAAUAUACCCCAAAGAGAAAAGAGACAAAAACCAGUUCCACCUCCUAAGCCAAAACAUCUGCAAGCAACCUCGCACUGUGCUCCACAUCAAAGACCUAGACCUCAGAAGACGCAAAACACAUCCUCUCCACAUUCUGACCCUACAACCACGACAGAUAAACCAUUAGGUUCUCCGGCCUACCUGCAGAAGCAGGACCAGUGUCCAGAAGCCCAAAAACGUAAUGUCCAUCCUUCAAAAGUCAACACAACAGCGUCGAUUCUUUCACACAAUGAGGUUGCGGAAAUUGAUAGGAUGGUUUCCAAAAACCAAGCAGAAGCGGAAAGAAAUGCUACUAUCUCCAUGGUGGCAACUGUACGUGAUGACCAAGCCAGUGACGUCCCCGCCCAACCAACAGAUCCCGUGAAACCUCUCUUGGACGAACGUCCAUCGCACCUUAGUCAAGAAGUCAAGGGUGAUGUCUGCCAAUACUGGGAAACACAAGCUAUCGCAAGAAGGAAAAAGGGUGUUACGAUAACCGAAUCAAAAGAUAAUCUUAGUCAAGGGGAGAGUCAUGGAGUGGUGAUGAGGGUCAAACGUAAGCAGGAAACCGAAGAUGAGAAACGCAAGAGGUUAUCUGUGCACAAGGACGAAAUAAUGAAAGGGAAUGUGAAGGCUGCUAUGGAUAUUUUUGAAAAUCUGAGAAAACAGGAAGAGUUACAGAGCAUUCUUAAUAAGGUGAGAGAAUUGGAGGAAGACACCUGCAAAGUGGACGUGCGGUCAAUGAGAGGUUUAUUUGAGAACGUUCAGGAUUGGAUCGAAAGCAGCGGUGAUGAGAACAAGAGUCAACCGGAGCUACAGGAGACCGAUAAACAAGAAAACAUAGAUCUAACGAAGGAAGACACAGAAAGCGUAUCAUCGGUGGAACUCGCUUUUGAGGAUCUUGAAAAGGCAAGUACAGAAAUCAAACUUCUGAAAGAGCAAACGUUGGCGAGACUUUUGGACAUUGAAGAAACCAUCAGAAAGGCCCUUUAUACUGUUUCCAAUUUAAAAUCAGACUCCGAUAUCGCUGGGUUGUCAAGUCUUUUCCGCGAAUCCCUUGGAACAUCCACCAACGCAACUCCUGGCAAUAACAUCCGGAAAAUAAGCAUUGUUUCAAGCAAAUCAAAACACGAGAAAUCCGUCAACGUUUCCCAGCAGAAAUCCGCUGAAGAUGGAUACCAAACGAAGAAAACAGAACUAGAUGUCAUCAACGUACCCAGCCGUACCAUUUCUCCUACCUCCCCGUCAUUCAUUACAAUCGAAUCUGCUGCCCGGAAGCCGGUGCAAAACAAUGGGAGCCACGUACCGUCAGUGUCGCAACAAAAUGGACAGUUGCCCGAACCAUUACUUGGUUUGGGGCAAAAUUCACAGCCCAAACUCUGCUCAACGGCAAGUCCUCUAAACUCUCUCCGCCAAAAAAGCGUUCUAGAGUUAAAAACUGGGCCCGAGAGCCCCAAGCUGAUCGGUACCACAGUCGUAACGGAAAAAUAUGAAGAAUGUGAUCAAUUUGGCAACAAAAUAAUCAGAUCCAAAACAUCAACCACAGUCACAAAGCAAUCAGACACUCAGAGUUCCUCGACGUAUGAGGUGGUGUCGGCACCUCCUCGGUACGAAGUGACAGCAUCUCCUGUUCUUAGAAGACACGCGAUGAGCUCUUCAGAGACUUCCACCAGUAAAGCCGGUGAAACAGGCGUGGUGUUUGUUACAUUCGGCAAUUCCAAAUUAGGAAAAAAAUGAGGAUUUAACAA